AUGCGCUUCCUCACUACCCUCCGCCCAACAGCCCGCAUCGCGCCGCGCCUCACAACCCUCCCCCGUCCCUUCCACCAAGCCCGCACUCUUCGCAAGGAAGAAUCCAAGGAUGCCAACGGCACCUUCAUCGACGGCCUGGCAGAGGGCGAAGCCAAAGGCGUCACAGGCGGCGGCGAGCCCCUCGAUGCUUCGUCCAAGAACGCGCCUCCCCAGCCCAAGGUGUCCAACCAGAGCAUCCCCGGCAACCAAACGGAUCAGUUGACGGAGGAGCAGAAGCGUGAGGUGGAGGAACACAACAAGGAGUUUGAUGCGAAGCAUGAUCGCGGAAAUAGAGCGGAUGACGAUAAGGUUGAUAAGAACUUCUGGGGAGGGGCGAAACAUGGGGAGCAGGAGAAGGAGAACGCUACGCCGCCUAAGGAGAAGAAGUGA